GAUACUAGAGGGAGCCGUAGAGGAAGAAUAAUGAAAAAAAAUCGGCGAGUUGACAACAAAGCAUGUUUCUGAUAUUAAUACAUUAAUUCUGUUCAUCUCAGUGUAUUUAUUAGUGUUGCUGUCACUCUAAAACUCGCACCGAUGGCUUCAAAUCCGCCCGGACAAGGAUUUCAGAAUAAAAACAGGGUGGCCAUUUUAGCUGAACUGGACAAGGAGAAGAGACGCCUGAUACAGAGCCAGUCCAUGAACAAUCCAGGAGCAAGUAUCCCACUUUCAAGACCGGCAGUGAAGGAAUUCCGGGACCACGCAGAACAGCAGCACAUAGCUGCCCAGCAGAAAGCAGCUCUACAGCAUGCACACGCACACUCGUCAGGCUUUUUCAUCACCCAAGAUUCCUCGUUUGGGAACCUCAUUCUUCCUGUCCUGCCUAGGCUUGAUCCAGAGUGAUGAAAUCUAAUAUCAGACAUUAAAAGGACACUUUGUCUUCUGUAGUAAAAGCUCACUGUGCCUCAGGACUACACCACCUUUAGCCCAGAGCUUUAAAAGCAAAUGAUCUCCUCCCCUAAAUCUGUUGCCAUGUUGCUCGACAGACUAUGGCAUGUAUUGAUUGUACAAUGUUUUUUUACAUUUCACAUAAAAUAAAGAGAAUUUGACUUAGAAUUAAGGAGCUCCA